GCGGUAGGAGGUGUGGGUGUGGAUGGCGGCAGCAAGCCGAGGUUGCUAUUGUGUUCCUGAGACUUGAGAAAGCAACACCAUGGGCGUUGAUGUUCACACUAUUUCACCGGGAAAUGGCGAGACCUUUCCAAAACCUGGACAGCAGGUGGUUGUGCACUACACAGGAACUCUAAUGGAUGGCAAGAAGUUUGAUUCGUCACGAGACCGUGGUAAACCUUUUAAAUUCAGAAUUGGCCAAGGUGAAGUGAUCCGUGGCUGGGAUGAAGGUGUUGCUCAGAUGUCUGUUGGCCAGAAAGCUAAACUCGUCUGCAGCCCUGAUUAUGCUUAUGGAGAAAGAGGUUUUCCGGGAGUGAUUCCUCCUAAUGCCACAUUAACAUUUGAUGUGGAGUUGCUGUCUGUGGAGGCAUGAACACCUGGACUGUGCUGCUGCCAUAUGGGUAGGGGAAGGCUAGUGUAAGGAAUUUUGAUGUGUACCAAAGGGGUGCCCUUGUUCACAUUUUCUUGUUUAUUUGAUUACUGUGAUAAACAGGCUCAGAUGUAAUGAUAUUCAGGCAUUGAGAUCAUCUUGCCACCAAUUAUGUGAAAAAAAAGAAAAAAAAAAAAAAAGAAAAUCGAGAAAUCACUAUUAAAGUCAUGGUUUUUUCCAUGGGGCAGUGGACUUUUGGUAUCAUAAGAAAAACAAUUGCCUUCAAUUGCUCAGGAACACAUACUUUAAUGAAGGUGGAGUGGCCCCAGGUAGAGGAAGAUUCCCACUGCCAUCCCUUGCACCCACCCAAGUACCAUGAACAUCCUUUAGAGCUAACUAGGGAUGUUGUAUGGACUGUUGGCAAAUUAUCUGUAAACUUUUUUUAUAUAAUUAUUUUAAUUAUUAUAUCUAUAACUACAUCUGCCUCUGACCUCAGUGAUGCUUUAUACUUUACACAUAGCCCUGAAAGUAUAUUACUUAGGCCUAUAUACAAAAUUAUGCCUACCAAAUGACAAAGUAUACUGAAGUGGGUUUACUUGGCUGAAUUUGACUUGUUUUAAAGUCAGGCAAUUAAGUUUGCAAAAUUUGGCUUAUGGCUUUUAAUGCUACCUACCUGUAUAUGUGCAAAAUUUGUGGAAGGCUUACAUAAAAAGUUAAAUGUAUUAUGUACACCUGAGCCUUAGUAUGCCACAGCCUGUGUACACCAGAGCUUAUAGUUUACAGGUAGCAGCAGACUCUACACACCUUUCUAUGUAGGUUAAUGCUGGAAGUUGACCAUUUCACCUAAUUCUACAAAGCAUGUGAUUGGAUUUUAUUCAGGAGUCUUCGUAUUAUCAUUGCUAAUUACCUGCACAUGUAUUCAGGCCAUGGUUUAAAAAAGGGAUACUUAGCAUAUAGCUGCUGGAUGAUGCAUUUAGAAUGUAAAUUUUUCCUGUGGAUUGUAAUAUACAGUAUAUAAAAACCACAGGUUUCUGAGUGCAUCACUUACAGGUCUUGUUUAUUGCUGGGUACAAGCAGUUCCACACAAGAUUUCUUUUAAGCUCUUGCUUUUGUGCAACAAUGAAAGUGAACAUUCCCAUUUAUGUUCCUGGAAUAGAAUAUAAAGUAAUGACUGGGCUUUCCCCCCCCCCUCUCCCCCACAAAAAACAAUCUCUGUGGGCUGUAUAGUGCUAUUGUUUUUAAUAUAAAUAAAUCUUGGAAUAUGCAGCUUGACCCAUGUAAGGUCUUAUAUGAUCCCAGUCCAUCUUCAUACUCUGUACCUUUUUCUUUUGUAACUUCUCAGUACAAGGUUCUUCUGGUCAAAUAAAAUAUGUAUGAAA